AUGGGCGGGGCCAUAAAGCACAGCUGUCGUAAAAGGGACCGAGGCUCAAACCGCGACUGUUGUAAAAGGGGGGGGGGCUUAAAGCGCGACUGUCGUAAAAGGGAGCGGGGCCGGGAAUGCCCGCAGCAGCUCCCCGCCGAGCUCUCCUCCUGCCGUGACUCUCGAACGGGACACGCCCCCCACCCCCGUCGGAACCCACAGCUCCGGUACCCGCAGUCCUGCUUGCCCCUGCCGCCCCCGCCCCCUGUACAUUCGUUUCCCCGCCCUCAGCCACGCCCCCUGCCCUCACGGCCCCUCCCACAGCUCCCGCCAUCCCCGCCUUUGCCAUCCCGUUGGUCUCUGCUGUCCCGGCUACCGCGGGCCCCGCCCACACCUGCCCGCCUACCAGCGGCACCGCGGCCCCGCCCCCUCCUGCCCCCGCCGCUCUUCCCGCUACCGGCAGCAGGGCCCUUGGGGCCGCCUCGCCCCCUUUGCCGAUCCAGCGCCCGUGGUGGCCGAGUCCCGCCCGCGGCCGUCGCUGCCGCGUCUUUGCGGUCCCCUGCGGCUCCCGGCUCCGCGGUGCCGAGCACGCCUGGCGCGGCCGCGCUGGCUCCCGCAUCGCCCCCUGCGCGCGUUGGAAGCCCCGCUCCCCCCCCCCCGGCGUUCAAGCGCUCGCAGCACGCCCCGAGGGGCCCCCGGGCCGGGCACACGCCCAUGGUUAACCCCGUUCCUGCCGCCGUUCCUCCAGCGCAAUCCCCCGGUCCCGGCACGGCACUGCUUGCGCUGGGACCGGGGCACCCCAGCCCCUUCUCUUGCCGGCGCCGCGGCACCUUACACCGGUGGCCGCAGCCUGUCCCGUGCCUGCCGCGGCUCCGGCUCAACUUCCCGCCAGCGCCGCCCCUGCCCGCCGGGCCAGCAGCCACCCCAGCCCGGCUUACGAGCUCCCGGCGGCUGCACGCCGCGCUCCAGCCCCCGACCAGCCCACGGCUCGCCAUGGCCCCCCCGCAGCUGCCUCCCGCCGCCCCCACGCCGCUCCUGCCGCCGCCGCCACGCCGGGUUUAUCUCCCGCUGACGAGCCCGCCCCGCCGCCGCCCGUGGUCGCUUUCCCGCUCCUGCCGCCGCCGCUCGACACCGCGGCCCCGGGCCGGACCGCAGCUUUGGUACAGCCUCCCGGCUCCGAGCCGCUGCAAGUGUGUGAGUUAUCAGCUGCAGGAACAUGGUGACAGCAAGGACUUGAAGAGUCAGGAUGCUGAUAACCACAGUAGACCAAGAGGAUUCGUGUUCCUGAGAGCCUACAUGUCAAUUUUGAGGUAA